AUGAGACUCCUUGCAAGCUUGUCCGGGGUGUUCUUCUCAGUUCAUGGACUGGACAAUGGUCUGGGAAACACCCCGCAGAUGGGCUACAACACCUGGAACGACUUCGAAUGUGAAGGUGUCUCAGAAGAGAAUAUCACCAAGGUAGCUGAUAAGAUGGUGGACCUAGGAUUACCUGCUUUGGGAUAUGAAUAUUUGGUGAUCGAUGACUGCUGGGCACAUCGGCGAGGAGAAGAUGGGAUACUGGUGCCUUAUGAAAAAGCAUUUCCACAUGGCAUGAAGAAUGUUGCAGACUACGUCCAUGGAAAAGGCUUGAAGUUUGGCAUUUACACGGAUCGGGGUCGUUGGACCUGUGCCGGUCGUCCCGGAGGUUCGGGUUAUGAAGUCACCGAUGCUCAGACCUUCGCGUCCUGGGGUGUGGAUUAUGUGAAGACGGACUCCUGCUUCGGUCCCGACUCUCUUGAGGACCCACCAUCACCCGAAGCAAUCGCCCAGUAUGAGCUUUUCCGCGAUGCCUUGAACAAGACUGGGCGGAAGGUCUUCUUGGCCCUCUCGGGCUGGCACAACUGGUAUAGUCCCUAUGGCAAGAGCUUGGCCAACUCAUGGAGGAUUGGCUACGAUGUCCGUGACUGGCGGAGUGCAUGGAACUAUGCGAUCCGUGUGAAUGCUUUCUUGUCGGAGCACGGAGGUCCUGGGGGAUGGAACGAUCCUGAUAUGUUGGUGGGCUCAUCACCUGGAGCUGCCGUGAGAAUGACCCCACAGCAAUCACGGACACAGUUCUCUUUGUGGUCCGUGAUGGCCGCUCCCCUAUUGCUGGGAUCAAGUAUGUUGUCGAUGAGCUCCCAUGAUCUGGAAACCUACACCAAUGCUGAAGUGAUCGCCGUUGACCAGGAUCCUUUGGGCAUUCAGGGCCAGAUCGUCUGGGAAAACUGUCCCUUGCGCAAGCGUGCAGAUGUUCAUCAGAAUCAGUAUUAUGACGAGAUACCGUAUUGCCAGCAGGCUUGGGCCAAACCCAUUCGAGAUGGAUUUGCCCUAGUCCUGCUGAAUCUGGAUAGAUUUCAGCCUGCGAAAGUCGACUUCAAGGUCUAUGAUGUUUGUUGGUCAAGCCCGAGCAGCAAGAGUUGCGACUUCUUCGAAGACGCGUCGGUGAGAGACAUGUGGAGUAAGGAAGAGUUGGGCGUCCGAAAGUCGAUUCAGGUGACCCUGGAUCCAGACGGCGCCUCUCGAAUGUUCAAGCUGGUUCCACUCAAGUGGAAGGCUUCGGAGCCAGAACCUGCGGCUUUGGCUGCGACCAAGAGCCAACGUCGCCCGGCACUCCGGCUACAACGUAAGGGUAUGGGUCCUCCGUUGACCCUGGAGACUGACACGGUGCAUUUCCUGCAAGAGCCCACAGAGCUGUAG